AUGGAGUACGCCAGUGGAGGAAGCCUUCAUGAACUCAUUGGAGACAGGCAACACCUGGAAGAGAGAGAAGUGAUCUUCUACUCAGCGGAGAUGGUUUGUGGCCUGCAGUAUCUACAUUCUCGUGGCAUUAUCCAUCGAGACAUCAAGCCAGGGAAUGUUCUACUGAGCAGUGAGGGACACGUGAAGCUUGCUGACUUCGGUGUAGCAGCAGCAGAAGUGUUUGGCCAUAAUACCAUCCAUGGCCAAGCAGGGACAUUGAAUUACAUGGCCCCCGAGAUGCUACUAGACCGUGACUACACUGCAGCUGUGGACUGGUGGUCUUUUGGUGUUACACUAUGCAAAAUGACCACUGGGAAAUCCCCUUUCCAGACUGGAUGUGACCUGGCCAAAGUGAAAAAAUCCAUCCUCAAAGAUCAGCCCAACAUUCCAGGAUGGAUCAGCUCAGAACUACGUAAUCUUCUGAGAAAGCUUCUGAAAAAGAAGCCUCACAAACGCCUUGGAAUCAAUGGAAGUAUCCGGCAUCAUCCUUUUUAUGCUUCCAUUGAUUGGGAGGAGCUGGAAAGCAUGGGGAUACCACCACCUUUUCAGCCAGAACCUGAAUCAUCUGAAGAUUUAAAUAAGGUCACACCAUCAUUCAUGGAGGUCCUACAAAACCCAUCAGAGGACAAUCUCAUUGAAGGGCUUUCCUACAUAAAUCCCAGCUGGAAGGAGUAGAAGCCUAGCCAGGUGAGUUUUACACUGGCCUCCCUCACCUCAGUGAGAGUCUCUGGAUACUUGUGCAGUAAAACCUGGC